GGCGGACGGGCUCCGAGCCGAGGCGGCGGAUGAAUGAAUGAAUCUUAAGACAGUCGUGAGUGGCGCAUUCACGAAACCGCGAGCGCGUCUCCGAGGCACCUCGCUUUUAUUUCAGCUGUUUUUUUUCCCCUCGUCCUCUCCUUUGACGACGUGCUUUUUCACCUCGCGGCUCCUCCUCGGGCGUCGUCGCCAUUUUCGGCUCCUCCUCGCCCGCCGUUGCCCCGACUUCAUUGUGCGCGGCCUCGCGAUCGCGUUAAAUGACCGUUUCGUUAUCCGAACGUGGGCCUCGUGCGUGCUCGCGUGUCUCGCGCCUCGCCUUUUCCGCCUCUCCCGCGGUUUUCGACAUUUUCUCCCGUUCCCCUGCCGCCCUUUCCUUCACUCGUCUUCGUUCCCUUCGUUCUCCUGGAUUCCGAGCCCUUCCUAUUGUUCGUGGCGAUCUCGCGAUCCUCUCUCCGACGUCUCUCUCGAUUGUCUCACGCCGCGAGCGGAUGAAGCGGUAAUCGUAUCGAUUAUCCGAGGCUGUGACUCCGUGUGUCCGGAAAGUAGAAAAAUCUUCGGAGAGGAAACCAGUGAGCGCUUCUGCAAGAAGAAAUGUCCACGUUAAUGGGAUUUUUAUUGGGCAUGUCGCGCAGAUUCUUCAUUUCGAGGACGAAAGUGGCCAAGUGCGUCGAAAGUUACGUCGAGGGGUAAUCCUCGCCGACUGUCCAGUGAUUAUCUAUUAUAUCGCCGGCGAAAGCGAUCGACGUGUACAUCGUGUGAGAAACUUCAAUCGGCAUUUGCGAGAUCGAUGCACAUUUAUAUUUGUUCGCCAAGUACAAGGAGACUUGUGCUCCCGAUCGUUUUCAGCAGAUAAUCGUGCGUCGGGAAAAAGUCGCGUUAUCGACGAAGAUAACUUGCUUUAUCGGAAACACCGUCGUACCCUCUUUGAAUUUUAUUUACGCGCCCCCAUCAUCAGCCCGGUUGCUUUCUCGCGGUGCAAUUAGAUCGCGAUGGGUGUCUCGAUAGAAAUAAAAACUAUACACCGUUAUGAGAAAACUAAAGAUUUGCUCUCAACUGUGCUAUGAUAUAACUGAAGCUGAAGAAUACGCGGUGAUUUAACCGAACGCUCGCAGAAAAAGAUACAGUGCGUUUUGGAGAAAUAAACCUUCGCCUUGUUCGACAAGUGUUCGUUCGAUAUCUCGUAAGAGAGGACGACACCGCGGUCUGACUUCGCCAUUGAUGCUUCCGAGACCGAUAAAAUGGAGCUCCCGUGCAAGAGAAGGCAUCUCUGGCAGCCGUGGCUUCAUGCCGACAGUUUCCGACUGCCUCGCAAAUCGCAAGAGGAGAGACCGAAGGUGACGAAUCUUCAUCGAAAGCCGAGCAGCGCGUGGCGUAAGGAGCGCAGGAGAGAUCCGAUUCAGAGCGAGGCGUUGGACAUGUCGGCGGGAAGAUCGAGUCAUCACCACAACAGACCGAGCGUGAUCGUUCCUACCGCGCCGCAAGUUGGGAUCACAAUCGAGGACACCGCUAUGACGCCUAUGCCGACGACGACGCCUACCGCGUCGGGUGGUCAGAGGACUGUCAUCAAGAUGGCGACUGGCGUCAGCGAUCCUGCGAUCGACGAGCACUUUAAGCGGUCUCUGGGUCUGAAGAAGUACGCGGCCGUCUUCAACGCCACUAAUACGGACAAGGAGCCCGGCCUGAGCGUUGACGAUCAUUUCGCGAAAGCGCUCGGCGAGACCUGGACGAGGCUUCAGGAAACCAAACGAAACAAGGAUUCCACCUAACCACCGGACAGACUCGCCAGAAAUCUUGUCAUUCUCCUCGUCAUCGUCCUCGCCGUCGCUUGAUGACCGUGGUAACCCACUCGGGUGAAAUCGUUCCAGUCUCGCUAAAUGUAUAUUAACGAUAAGUCGUAACCGAUAAGAAUGAGCGAAUUCGCGAUUGUAUUCGAAGAAUCUGCGUCCAGAUGAAACUGCAAUUAAAGUCUACAAGAUAUAUAAGGAUACAUAAAGGGAAAUAAACGCGCACGCUAGAAUCUUGAUAAAAAUGCAGGAUCUUCAAACUGGGGUUUUGUGUUGGUACUCGAUAUUUCGGGAAAAAGAACUUAGUAAUAGCGAAUUCGAUGGCUCGCACUAGUGCGCACUGAGUGCACGCUAAGUGCCACCUAGAGUGUUGGCAAGUCCAGGUUCAAACCCUGGCUGAGGUAAUAUUUUUCUCAAUAAAUUUUCUGUAUUAUUAAAAAUACCAGAUAUGGUCAUGAAAAUACUGAAGUUAAUUGUUAUACUUCACUUCAUCUUAAAUACAUGUUGAAAAAGUAUUUAGUCAACAAAAUCAUCUAUACAGAUGCUGUACAUGUUAAUUUACUGGCUAAGAAAUAUUUCAAGAGAUAAUCCUUUAAUAUAAAAAUUGACUGUUCACAACAAGCCUUAGUGUGCACUCAGUGUGCACUAGUGCAAACAACCGCAUUCGCUAUAAGAAGUUAAAAAACGAUAGACUAACAAGUUGCUACUUAGCGUCCCAAAUAUUAAGUAAUUUUCUUAAGUUUAUCAAUUCACGCUUCAAAUUAAAUUACAUUUUUGACAAAUCAAGCAUAAAAAUCUAACUUCAUAAACUUAAAUUCUUAGAUUUUUUUUCUUAUAUAUGACCGAUAAGCUUAUAUAUUUUCUAAUAUAUAUUUUUCUCUUUUUUAUUAAGUAUAUCUUACGAGUGGUAUCUUUUAGAAUUUAUAAUCAUACGAUUUUUCCAUCCGGACUCCUUCGUAGACAAUUUGUUUUAAUUGAUACGUACCGCGUUUUGUAAGGAGGGUAUCAAGUGUCCUUGAUCUUCUCGCUUUUCAACUGGGUGCUCGUUGUCGUCGCUUUUUUAGACACGCGUUUAAGAAGACGUUUCAGGAAAGUUGCACGCUGUACGGGCGUAUUAUUUAAUAUUAUUGUAUAUAGGCACAUAUUCCUUUAUUACGCCAUCGCCACAGUCAUUACCGUAUAGUUCCGAGUCGCGUAUGAAUAUAAAGUUAUUUAUUAUAAUGUUUCAUACUUCCUCGCAAAGUAGUAUGUUUAUGUUUAUAUAAAUAUAUAUAUAUACAUAUGUGUAUGUAAUAUUUACGUAAGCGUACGACAUUAUACGUCUAUUCGUGGAAAACAAUGAUACGGCCCUCCAAGUACAGUUUCAAUAAAGAGUCAGCUAUUUUGCAGUUCACUCGUGUACAGCUCGCCAGCCGAAUGCCCGAUUGCAUGCAUUGAAAAUUUCUCUCUUUCAAUUAAAUUGAGCGAAACCACUGACAACUUCGAACGAAUUUGAUGACUAAAUAUUCACACACACGCACACACGCUGUGCAUCUGUUGUGUCUAAUUAAUUACAUUCACGAGGCAUGGGUCGCGCGCGCAAAGUAAUUUAGACAAAGAACUAGACUCUUAAUUUCCAACUAGGGGGGUUGGAUCAUUGUCCAUGGGUGCAUAUUAUAACAACGUCAGAGGGAUCUCCUCGUGAGGGAGACGCGCGAAAAGCGAAUAGAAGGAACUGUAAUUUAACGAAGCAGGGCACCGCGUUAGUUAUAAAUAUUGUGUAAGUGUCACGUGUUUUUGAGCCACUUUGGGCGCCACGUCUGAAGUUGUAAAGAUAAAAACAAUUGAAUGGGAUAUGUACAGGCUAAUGAGGAUGACAGUGAUGUAUGAGAAAAAUUAAAUAGAAAGAUGUUUAAUUAUU